AUUUUAGUGAAACUGCUAUGAAUGAUAGAGGUCGGUCCGACUGACUGUGCAGAUGUAACUUACUACCGGUACCGGUACUACACGCCCACUUAAUCGAGCUUGAGCGAGAUUGCAUGAAUUUCUACCCCGGUGGCGCAGGCAUAAAUUUUCCUAAUAAUGCGGUAACUGGAUCACCGCUGCAGCUGUUUGAGGGCCGUACGCGCAUGCGCAGUGCUAGGAAAAUCUAGAUAAGCUUCACGUUUCUUUGGAAACGUACUCGACCGCUGCUUGCCUGGCAUCCACUGACUAUAUUUUGGUACUGUACUUCAAGAAGGAAAUCGACCCAUGUGUGUCAACCAGUGAACAGUAACUAACCAUAUCCGCAGGUUGAGCUCAAAAUGGCGUCCGCAACUACAGCAACUAGCAACAUGCUCUCGUUGCUGAGAGAAUGGGAUAAGGGGUCCAAAUCCGUCCGGGCUCAGAUUCUCCAGGAAUUUGUACUCAACAACCAGAACAAGACCGGGCCAGAGAUCGAAGCUCGCUUUGCUCAAGGUGCGAGUUUAUUCUUGGCAAGGUUGACUGCCUGGCUCCGCCUAACAUAUAUGGUAGGCACAUGUUUAAAUCUUCAGCUUCAGGCCAUGACUAUCUUCCUAUCAGCAUCUAGUGGACACAAGUUUCUUGCCGAGUUCUUGGAGGUAGGUGGAGUGAUGACAGUCCUUGAGAUACUAGGUUUGAAGCAAGCCAAGGAAGAAGACAAGACACAAGCUCUUCUUCUUCUCCAGUGCAUAGCCAACUCAGGCCGGAAAUAUAAGGAACUCAUCUGCGAGAGUUAUGGUAUUCGAGCUGUUGCUGAAUGCCUGGCUAGGUCCAAAUCAGAAGAGACCCAAGAAUGCGCUCGUAGUCUUCUUCAGAACCUGGCCCAAGGGAACCCUAAGUUCCAGUCCCAGGUCUAUAAAGGCCUGAUAGCCCUCUUGCCGUGCAGCUCACCUAAGGCUCAGCAGAUGGCUGCACAGACCCUAAGGAUAGUGCAGAAAAUAGUUGGGCAUGCCAAUCCGAAUAUUGUGGAACCCACCGUAGCACUUUUGAGGUCCUAUCAUCUAGAAGUACAAUUUGAAGGUACUGAGUUGAUCAAAGAUUUGAUGAACUAUGAGAUCCAGGACCAGCUACUGACCAAUCUUGUAGCAGCAUUGGUUCCAUCCAGAGAGGAGGUACUCCAAAGACCAGAAAUCCUCGAUGAUCCAAGUGCUCCAGACCUGAAGCGCCCUCUAGCUGUUUUUGUACAACAGGCAUCAGCAUCCAAAGUUACAGGCAUUUUAGCGAGGGAAUCCCACCAGAAUUGUGAGAAACUCAUCCAACUCAGAGUGGUACACAAUCUCCUUAUAGCGAUGGGUAAUGAGGAUCAUGCAGAUAGCCAGAGACAAGCUAGUAUCACAUUAGAGUACCUGGUCAGUACAUUUCCUAUUGUAGAUGAAAACUGCAGAGAAGCAAUGGGGGACACACUAUAUCAGAUGUUUAUGUCUAACCCUGAGAGUCUAUACAUGGUCAUGAGUCCAGUGCAAGCGGACGUUCUUCGCUCAAACAAGGUCAACAUACCGGGAAUUGUGGACGGUAUGGAUUAAAGACAACGAGUGCCUCGCAAGAGAUGAUCCGUCCAAGUCAGGAAAGUAAUGCAUCAUGCAUGUAUCAUCUUCAUCAUCUGUUAUGGAUUAUGACAUCAUAUCCCAUUGCAUGCUGGGUAUCUAAAAUUACAAAACAGAUUAAAGCCAACGAGUGCUUCACAAGAGAUGAUCCGUCCAAGUCAGGAAAGUAAAACAUCAUGCAUGUUCCAUCUUCAUCAUCAGUUAUGGACUAUGACAUCAUAUCCCAUUGCAUGCUGGGUAUCUAAAAUUACAAAACAGAUUAAAGCCAACGAGUGCUUCACAAGAGAUGAUCCGUCCAAGUCAGGAAAGUAAAACAUCAUGCAUGUUCCAUCUUCAUCAUCAGUUAUGGACUAUGACAUCACAUCCCAUUGCAUGCUGGGUAUUUGAAAAUAAAAGACAGAUUAAAGCCAACGAGUGCCUCGCAAGAGAUGACCUGUCCAAGUAGAUUCCAGUAAGGGAAAGUAAACCAACCUGCAUGUGUCGUCUUCAUCAUCAGUUAUGGAUUAUGACAUCAUAUCCCAUUGCAUGAUGGGUAAUUGUGUAGGAAAUUUGAACACUACUUCCUUCCACCUCACUGAACCUCCCCUCCCCAGAAGAAAUCCCUUUACUCUGAUUUUUGUUUUGGGUCUCAUAUUUUUUAAAUUUCAUUAAACAAUUGGCGAUUUUGCUCUGACAACUGAACAUUAUAAGCUACUGAAAUCCUUGCAUCUGAUUAGCUCGGGUCAAAAUAGUCGGUUUAAAUCAGUGACUCGCUCUCCCGUGUUCUUCCUUUGCUAAGCUCAGAGAUCAACUGCUCCGUUGGAAUUCAUUAAACGCUCUAUAUUGCAAUGAAGUUAAGUACUAAGUUUUGGCGAGUUGUGUGGAGGUUUUUUAGGAAAUAUAUAAUAAGCGUGUGACUGUGUGCUCCAGCACUCUCCUCCAUUGAAAUUGGUCACCUUUGUAUUAACAAAAAAAAAUCAAAAAUGAAAGACUGAAAAAAGUGAAUGAAUUAUUAUCGUUUUUUUAUUGAUAUUGAAUCAGAAGAUCGUAUUCUUACUUUAUAUUAGGUUUAGAAUAAAGUGCUCAUAUGUCUCUAAUUUAUGCCUAAAAAAUGUUUGUUUGUAUUGAUAUUUUAUUGAAUAUUUUCAUAAAAUUGAAUGCCAGUAGUGCAAAACCUAAAAACAUGGUCAGUGAUAGCAACCUUAUUAAUACUUUAACUCCAUUAAUCAUGUUGGGGAUUAUUACACAUUGGGAGUGUUCCAUCAACAUUUUGUCCAAUAAGUUUUCAGAUCUGACACCUCUCCUUGAUUGGUAAAAUUGCCAAUUUGUCCACUCACCACAUGGUCUACCUUUAUUUAGUCUAAUGCCAUUCCAUCCAUCAACAUUUCAUCUACCAACCAUUUGGUCAAAUCAUCACUUCGUCUAAUCACCAGUUCAUCUCAUAACCAGUUGGUCUAAUGUUCGUUUUAUUUUCAUUCAUUUUGCCCAAAUAACAUUUAGUCUAAUUAGACCAAAUGGUAUAUGGACUAAAUGGGUAUUGGGCCAACUGGUAAUGAGACAAAAUGUUGAGUGGAUGAAAUGGCAAUUAGACCAUAUAAAUAUUGGACGAACCGAUGGUAGACCAAAUGAUAGUAGAUGAGUUGGCAAUUGGAUGAAUUGGCAUUGGACCAAAUGAAACUAAACCCCUUAAUUUCGAUUGGGUGAGAAGCAUUGCCACUUAAAGUCAGAUAAAAUGGGACUUGCCGUUAGAACACCCGACAAGUGCCAGUGUAUGCCAAAUUUCUGUAGGUGUGGCCAGCUGCGUUCUCCUUUGGUCAAUUUCCUUAUAUUUGUCAUUCUUGAUUUUAAAGAAUUGCAUUUUGUUAACAUACACAAAAUACAAAGAAUUUAAAUUCUUUAUAAAAACUGGAGAAAAAAAAAUCAUUUUGUGCUCUAACCAUAAUGCAGUUCUUGAUAUAAAAAAUGGGAUUAAUGCCUUGGUAUAGCCUUUAAAGUUAUAUUAUUCAGGUGUGACUUUUCCAUAAAAUUGACACCCAUUGUCCUGUUCUAACCAAGUUUAGAUUUUGAUUUUAGUGUUAACGUGACUAUAUGUAUGCAUUGUGCUUAGUUUAUAAUCAUUUUGAAUUCUGACUGCAUGAAUGGUCAAGGCAUGGGUCUCUUGGCAUGUAUAUCAUCUGUUUUUUUCAAGUGCAUUCAUGAGUUGUAGAUUUCAGUUUGGCUUGAUUAUUUUUAUUAAAAGAAAGAAACAAACAAAAAAUUCUGGGAGUGUUUUAUGAAAGGAUUUGUCGGAUGUUUGAUCCAAGUAAGUCUCUUAUAGUAAUAGGCAGACAAUAAUCAUAUUUCUAUCUAAAUCACACUCUCAUUAAUGAUUAAACUAGAGUUUCACUUUGCACAGAUCGGGCGCAAUUAUGAUUUUAAUGAAGCAAUAGAUCUGUGUUCCAAAAUAGUAAUGUUUUAGAUAAAUUUGUCAUCAGCCUGGUAUAUGGGUAUUAUAUCUAAAUAACCAUAAGGUGAUUGCAUGCAGUAGGUGUUGCUAUGUUGGGCAUGCAUAAGUUGUACCCUGCUAAAUAAAGUUUGAAUGGCUUUAUAGUAUGAGUCAGUGUGUGGUUGGAGUGGCUGUCUGGAGAGUCUGCUGGUCGGUUGCAAAUUUUACAAAUCGAACUACUUCCCCAGUUUUCGCCCAAUGCUCAUGAGACUUGGCACACACUUUGGAUUGAUGACACGCAAGACACAUUUUAUCCAUUGAGCUAGAGCUAAGUAAUUCAUUGCCAUGGUAGUUGGAUAUUAUGGCAUUAAGUCAUGAAAGAUUAUUGCAAAGCAAACUGCUUUCUUAGUUUUCGUUCAGUGCUCAUGAGACUUGGUACACACAUACCUGAAAGCUAUGAUGAUGAUGAUGCUGUUGGAGAAAUUUUUACUUUUGUUUGUAUAAAACAGAUCUAUUAAAUGAUGUAUAAAACCAUUCAUUUUUGUAAAUAUGUAAAUAAAUAAGUUUAUAAAUAUAUCAUAAUUAUUUGUAAAAUAUUUAUAUUGUGAAUAGUUUGUUCAUAUUUCUUAAUUAAAUAUUGAAAGAAAA